AUGCAGGAUCAUCUUUUGACUGAAAAACUGCUUAAAGAAUCCGGCCUUACAUAUACCUCCAUCCGAGAAGGCGUCUACGCCGAAUGCUUCACCAUCUUCCUCGACUGGUACCCCGAACGGACUAGUACGCUCACGCUGCCCGCCGACGGGGAGGUAGCCUAUACCUCCCGCGCGGAGCUGGGCGAGGCAACCGUGCGGAUGAUGAUCCAGGGUGGUUACGAAAACCAAAAGGUAUUAUUCACCGCACAGGACACAAUCACUGCUCGGCAGAUAGUCGAUAUAAUAAAUGAGACUACUGGCCGACAGAUCAACCUUGAUCCGGUCUCGCGGAACGAGUAUCUUGAUGCAUGGAGGCGUGACCCGCGUGGAAAGCCAAGGGAGCUGUUUGAGAUGGUUGCGACGUUUUGGGAUGAGAUUGUUGGCGGGGGGCUGCGCACGACACAUCCGCUGUUACGGGAGAUUUUGGGGAGGGAGCCUACUAGGCCGGCAGAUUUUAUCAGAAGGUUGUUGGAGGAGGAUCAAGACUGUGUUUUUCGAUACUAA